AGGCACAUCCUCUUUUCUCAAGGCACAUCCUCUUUUCUCAAGGCACAUCAACUCCUCACUUGUCGUUGUUUAGCACCUGUCCUCUAAUUCUGGUUCCCGUACUCGCUAGCCUGGCUGGAGGCACGUAUUAAAAUACUUCUGUGAUCCCUUUUUGAUCUGUUCGAUUGCUCAGGGCACUACGCUGACUGGGGCGUCGGCGCGCCAUGGACCAAUAACGACCAGCGAGUGCGUUAGUCGUUUUGAGUUCCAACGUUGACUUCCCGGGCCAUGCGUUCAUUGGCGAAAACAUGUGGAGAAAUCUGAUCGGUCACGUGUAAACCGCCGGGGCCGAACCCCACUCGGCUCAACCUCACUCCACCCCUAGACAAUUCCUUUUCCCUGCAUUCGUUUCUCCACUCUCCCCGCAAUCCCUUCCUCAGCCAGCUUCCAUUCACUCUGCCAGCCUACCAUGUCCUCCAUGCACUCCUCCUCCCUUUUCGACGUUAAGGACAAGGUCGUUCUUGUCACUGGUGGCAGCCGAGGAAUCGGCUUGAUGAUCGCCCAUGGCUUCAUCGCCAACGGCGCAAAGGUUUACAUUUCAUCCCGCUCAGCUGACGUCUGCGAUAAGGUUGCAGAGGAACUGACUAAGGUCGGACCCGGCAAGUGCAUCUCGCUCCCAGCCGAUCUCCAGAGCUUGGACGAGGUCAAGAGAUUGGUCGCAGAAUUGUCCAAGCGCGAGUCCAAGAUCCACGUUCUUGUCAACAACGCCGGUGCUACUUGGGGCGCACCUCUUGAGAGCUAUCCUGACCAGGCCUUUGAAAAGGUCAUGAACCUCAACCUCAAGCGCGUCUUCUCCUUGACCCAGGCCAUGUUGCCCCUCUUAGACGCUGCAGCAACCGAGAAGACCCCCGCUUCGAUCAUCAACAUUGGCUCCGUCGACGGUAUCCACAUCCCUGCACUUGAGACCUACGCCUAUUCUGCUUCCAAGGCCGCUUUGCACCAGAUGACCCGUGUCCUGGCUGGUCACUUGGGCCACCGCAACAUCACCUGUAAUGCUAUUGCCCCUGGCCCCUUCGAGUCCAAGAUGAUGGCUGCCACCUUGAGAGAUUUUGGUGAUGUGAUUGUUCAAAACAUUCCAUUGGGCCGCAUUGGACAGCCUGAGGAUGUUGCGGCUACUUGCAUUUACUUGGCUUCAAGGGCCGGUGCCUACACAACUGGUGCUGUGAUUCCUGUGGACGGUGGCUCGUUGGUCAAGGCCAAGGCCUAAAUAUCAUUUCGAAAUAAUCGAUUCUCAUUCCUCUAAACAAGCUCAAUAAAAGAGCUCUUUUGUACACUUAACCUGCUGUGCACUAUAUCCGUAUCUCAUUCUAUGUAGAACGUACAAUACAAGGACUAGCCAUGUUUUUC